AUGAAUAAUCAAAAUAACAGUAAUCAGAAUCAGAAUCAGAAUCAGUAUCAGAGGUACAUUAAUAGUGCUGGUACUGGUAGUACAUCAUAUCAAGGUGGAAAUCAACGUCCAAGUCAAAUACAGUUGCCACAACAGCAAGGUGAAUGGAUUUAUGCAAAUACAAGCAAUAAUGGUAUUGUACCGUUUUUAGAUUUACCAAAUAAUCAACAGAGGUAUAGUUUUUCUCAGGAUGGUAAUCUUAUGUUAAUGAAUCCAUUUGGUAGAGGUUAUUCUAUCGUUAAUGGAAAUUCUAUUAGUAGUGCUAGUGGUAGUAAUCCGCAGCAGCAGCAGCAGCAACCGCAGCAGCAGCAGCAACCGCAACAAGUAUUAAGACAACCUUCUUAUGGUAAAAGAAAUUCUUCAAUGUCAACUUUUUUUAUUCCUAACGAUCCAAAUACAAAUGAAUUUGAUAUCUUUAGAAAAGAUUCAAUGAAACCACCAAUGCUUAUCCCACAAGUAUCACAACAACAACAACAACCAAAUAAUACUGGGAAUAGAUUUUCAAAUUCAAGUACAGAAUUUGAGACUUUUUUGCAACAACAACCACAGCAGCAACAACAGUUGGCUCAAUCACAGCCAGGUUUGAUUUAUAAUCCAAGAAAUUUAAGGUUUAAUGAUGACUUUAAUUUUCAAUUUCGUUCAAGAAAAUCUUCAAUGAGAGAUUCAUUAGAUUCCGGAACCUCUGGAACUUCAGGUGCGUCAGGAACCUCCGGAAGGUUUUCCCAGGUUGGUCCUCAAGUAUCUAUUGACCCAUUAAGAAAGAGAAGUAUUCAAAUGUUAGAUCCUACUGAAGAAGAUGUUGAAGAAAUUAAUCCAUCCGGAAUCACUAGAAAUAAUAAUUUUAAUAAUAUUGAAAAUGAUAUUGAUACACCUAUUGAUCCUUUACAUAAAGGAAGAAAUAUUAAUGAAAAGAAACAACAAAAGAAGAAGACAAAGAAAAAAAAUACUAAAAAUAAAAAGAAUAAUAAAGGUAAAGGAAUUUCGACCGAUAAUGACGAAGAUGAAGAUGACGAAGAUAAAUUGAAAUUAGUUGGAUCUACAAAAGUGGAUCAAUUAAUGUUAAUGAUUCAAGCACGUCAAAAGGGGAUCACUGAUAAAGUUAAAACUAAACCUAAUGGAGAAUUAAUUCUUGAAGAAAAUUCAGGUAUUAUGCCACCAAAGGAUGAAUUAGUUGGAGGUAUCGAAAAACCAAAAAUAGAUCUUCAAAGUUCAAGGCCUUUAAUAAAAGACUCAAAUGGUACUGUUUCUUCUUUAGUUUCAGGAAAUAAUAUGGUUUCAAUUAAACCUAUUUCAAAUACAAUAUAUCCAAAGGAUAAAAGAUAUCAAUGUCAAUAUUGUCACAAAUAUUUUUCACAACCAACUCAUUUAGAAGUUCAUAUUCGUUCACAUGUUGGUCAUAAACCAUUUAAAUGUAAGUUUUGUGGAAGACAUUUUACUCAAGGUGGAAAUUUACGUACUCAUCAAAAAUUACAUACUGGUGAAAAGCCAUAUUCUUGUGAUGUUUGUUUUAAAAAAUUUUCACGUAAAGGUAAUUUAGCUGCACAUUUACUUACACAUCAAAAUAUUAAACCAUUUAUUUGUAGAUUGGAUAAUUGUAAUAAAGGUUUUACCCAAUUAGGAAAUAUGAAGGCACAUCAAAAUAGAUUUCAUCUUCAAACUUUACUUGAUUUAACAAAUAAAUUAGCCACAAUGGAAACUGAUAUUAAUGCAGUUCCUGAAGAUGAAAAGGAUUUACUUAAUUAUUUUGCAUCCAUUUAUAAAAAUUCAAAUAAAGGUAUUAAAGGCCGUGGUAAAGGAUCUACUAAAAUUGUUCCAAAUAAUGAUUUUUUAACAAGUCCAAUGUCUGUUACAUCUGAUCAACAUAAUCCAAAUGUAAUGUCAGGAAAUAAUAUUGAUACCCAACAAAUGGUAGAAAAUAGAAAUUAUACUACUGCACCACAUACAAUUCAAGGUGUUCCUCCUAUGACAACUUCUGGUCCAUCAAUUAUUAGUUCAAAUCCAAUGGUACCACCCAUGCCAUCAUCACAAGGUAAUAAACAAACCCAACUUAAUCAGAAUACAACACCAAAGCCUCAACAAGCCCAGUCAUAUGUUCCACCAGAUGCCAUUGUGGGUAAUAUCUUACAGUUAACAGGUAAUAGUGUUAACAAUCCUCAAACUGUGCCUUCAAAUAUUCCUAAUCCAAAUAUCAUUAAUAACUAUCAAAUGGCUUACCCUACAAAAUCUACAAGUGGUACAACUUCUGAUAAUAUUCCAAAUUCUAUCAAUACGGCAUCAUUAUUGUCUAAUCAAGAUUCCAAAUUUCAACUUGAUGAAGGACCAAAUUGA